AUAUGAUCAGCCAGCGGGCCGCAGGGGGUAAGCACAACAGUAGCUCCCAGCUGGGCACUGGCAGAGGGACCCUAAGGCUGCGGGCCAAGGGACCGGCCACCGUGGAGGAGCAGCUGUCUGCGUUUGAGGAGAGGGCGAUUGAGAAGGUGGACGACCUGCUGGAGAGCUACAUGGGCAUCCGCGACACGGAGCUGGCUGCCACCAUGGUAGAGCUGGGGAAGGACAAGCGGAACCCCGACGAGUUCGCGGAGGCGCUGGAUGAGCGGCUGGGUGACUUCGCCUUCCCCGACGAGUUCGUCUUUGACGUGUGGGGCGCCAUCGGGGAUGCCAAAGUUGGGCGCUACUAGGACUCUGCGGGACUGCCCUGCUCUGCCCAUCCUGGAUGUGCUGUGCCCUUGGGCUGGGCAAGGGAGUGCUGGGUUGCUGCCCUCAUGUGGA